AUGGGCGGAGGAGCUUCUAAAAGCGAGCAGAAUCUGAGAACAGCCGAGCUCAUCACAGUCCCCAAUGAGGUGGCCGUAGUGACUGAGGACGUCAACUGUCGCCAGGUGAACUUUCACAACCGAGAAAAGUACGACAAGUCGACUUCUGAAGCUGUCUCGAGCCUCGACGCCGCCUCGAGCCUCCUCAAUGAACGAUACCUGGCGCCGGAAAGUUUUAAGAACAGCCGAUCCCUGCCCGAUCUGUCGGUCGAUCUGCGAUCCUCAGAACGAUCGAGAUCGUUGCACUUGCACACCUCAACGACCGCUCGCCUCUCGAACACCCUCGAGAAAUGCCGGGCGCCUCUGCCGACGCAAUGUCUGCCCGAGGUGCGGGCAGACGCCUUCCUGACGCGAGGUCGUGACGGCUCCCUCCAUCUCGUCAACCGACAAACCAUCCGGCAGCCCAAGUACCCUCACGACCCGUCGUUCGGCGAGCUCCGCGUCGACGCUGACGCCGACGCAAACGUCGACGCCGACGUCAACGACGGUGACGACGGCACGAGGCCCACCGGCAAAGUUGACCUCGACGCCGAUACUAACGACGACGAUAGCGACGGCGACGCCAACGCCGACAUCGACGCAAACGUCAACGCCGACGACGGGGACGCCUACGCGAACGGUAACGCCGACGUC